CGCGGUGCCCGAUCCGAUCGGCGGGGCGAAACGCUCAGAAAGUGCGGUUUUCCGAGGCGGACGGACGCGGGGCGCUUUUUUCCCGGACCUCCGAAAACUACAGAAAGAAGCAGCUGAGUCACGCUGGAGCCGAGCGCGACUGCCGACUCUGACCAGUAUUCAAACACAAGUGUUACCAUUCAGUUCUCACCGUAACUAACACUAAUAACAGCAGAAAAUAUGAAAAAAGGGUGUUUCGUCUCUUCUUGCUUUCGCUUCGCAACAUCGUGUCCAGUUGAGUUGUGUCCCGGGGGAGGCGAAGAGGAGGGCUACGCCACGGAAAGAAUGUGUCUUUUAACGCAAAACUAACAUAUUCUAUACAGUAUCAAUCUUUUAUCUCAUGUCUGAUUUUUUUUUUUUUUUUUUUUAAAAAAAAAAAAAAAAACUUGGAAAUGGAUGCGAACUUUGCUCACUGUCCCUCUGCGUGAGUUUGGAGUAGCAGUCCUCCCCCACUGAGUUCCCACCACUGCAAGCACACAUCUUUGUCCCCUUUACACAACCACACCUAGUACGAAUUGGAUCAAGGAGCUGUUUUUUUUUUUUUUUUUCUUUCCCUGUCCUCCACAUUGCCGUCGCCAUGACAACCUCAUCUCUGCGGCGGCAGGUGAAGAACAUUGUGCACAACUACACGGAUGCAGAGGUCAAGGUGCGUGAGGCCACCUCAAAUGACCCCUGGGGGCCUUCCAGUGCCCUCAUGUCAGAGAUUGCCGAACUAACCUACAGCAUGCCGGCCUUCUUUGAGGUCAUGGGCAUGAUCUGGAAGCGCCUGAAUGAUCACGGCAAGAACUGGCGCCACGUGCACAAGGCACUGAUUCUGCUGGAGUACCUGGUGAAGGCGGGCUCGGAGCGAGUCGCCCAGCAGUGCCGUGAGAACAUGAUCACCAUCCAGACACUGCGAGACUUCCAGUACGUGGAUCGUGACGGCCGGGACCAGGGUGUAGCCGUACGGGAGAAAGCCCGGCACCUGGCGACGCUUGUCCGCGAUGAGGAAAAGCUGCAGCGACUGCGCACUCAGGCGCUUGGCGCCCGGGGACACCAAGCUACUUCUGACCUGCCACCCCCUUACCCUGGCCAGCAGACCUCCAUCCAGCGGGAGGGAUACAGCCGAUCGUGGGGAUCCCCGUCCUCCGUCAGCUCUUCCUCCUCACCCAGCCGCGUUGCUUCUGACCUGGAGCAGGCGCGCCCCCAAACCAGCGGAGAGGAGGAGCUCCAGCUGCAGGUGGCCUUGGCCAUGAGUCGUGAAGAGAGUGAGAAGCCACGUGCCCCUGUAGAUGCUGAUGAACAGGCCCAGCUUGAGACAGCUUUGCGGCUGAGCAAGGAGAACCAAAAGGCAACUCUUCCUCCUCCCGUUGCCUUGGAUAUUGAUGAAGAAACUCAGCUCCAGAUCGCACUUAGUCUCAGUGAAGCAGAGCAUCAGCAGGAGCAACGCAGUCGCCAAGGAGACGAGUCCCUUCUCCGGAAGGCCCUCGAGGAAAGCAGACGAGAGAUUCGGCCCGGAGGAGCGCCGCCUUUUGUGGAAGACGACAUUUUCAGGCCUCUUUCUACAGAGCCCCCUAGUGGUGGCCCCUGGGACCUAAACACUGUUACAGCUCAUAUCCAAGCGGGCAGCCAGCCCAAUUCAGACCCCUGGGACAGCCUGGAAACCUCCUCCCCCAUGCCUGGGAUAUGCAAGCCGUGGGUCUCGCCACCGCCCUCCUAUGACAUUGCCGUACAGCCAGGUCAAGGGUUGAGGGUGUCCCCUCCGGACCCCUGGGAGGCCCCGAAUAGCAUCCCCAGCCUCCAGGCUGCCAGCCAGCCUGCCCAGAUGGGUGCUGUAGAGCGUAUUUCACUCGCACCUCACCCAGGUUCUUCCAAUGGUGACCCAUUCUCUGCUAUGUCUGAGGGCUCCUCGGUUGCAAACACCCACCAGACGCUAACUACCUGUCGGUCAGGGAGCCCUACAGACGGCGACCUAUUCGGGGAAUCUGCCACUGAGGAGAGGCAGAACGGCAGCAAAGGAGGAAGCCCUGAGGCCUUUGACCUGUCUGGACUGGCUGAGCCGCUCACUGAGGCGGUCCCUCGAACCCGCCCAAACCCUGAGGCCUUCCUGGGCCCGAAUGCGGCUUCCCUGGUCGACCUUGACAAUCUGAUCCCCUCCAGCUCAGCAGUUAAGCCAAAAAACCCUUUUCUCUCAGAACUGAAGGAACCUUUGCUCACCAACCCCUUCCACAGCGACCAGACAGUUCGGACGGUGCAAACCCUCAAUCAGAUCCACCCCAGCUCAGCCUCAUCCCAGCCCCCCAUGGCCCUCCCAUACAGCACCUCCCUCCCACUGCCCCUGACCCACCUUCCAAGCUCCUUACCACCCUCCUACAGUCAGCCUCCAGCCUACCCAGCAGGCUUUGGACUCACGGUCGUGCCGGACAACCUACCAGAGCCUCUGCUUCCUUUCUCUGCAGCUCCCCCUGGUGGAGACCAGAGCAGUCUGCACAGUCAGAACCCUUUCUUAUGAAGCCCAGAUGGGGUCAGAAUCCAGGCACAGUCUGGGGUCACUUUUGUGUCACAUUCCAAGAACUGUCAGUCUCAAACUCAGCUCUUAGUGCAUUCAGUCAAAACAGUAAUUUUUUAAAUGUAUUUUUUUUUGUUUUAUAUGCUGGAUGGCUUAGUACAGGCACGGUCUAUUUGAAUGUUUCCCUGGUUUAAAAAAAAAAAAAAAAAAAACCAAUAGGGUGAAAGCAACACUAAUUACUUGUGCAGUACAUUGUGACUUCAUUGACUGUUACCACUCUCCUUCUGGUAGUUCUGCAAUUGGACCUAAGACAUUUUCAUGAAAAGUGCAUUGAUUUUAACAGUGGCAGUUCAAAAUGCCACCUGGACCACACAGAAGGUGAACAGAAAAUAGAUGGAACCCAUUCACUUACCAGAUGUAUGUUUCAGCAGUUUUAAGCCUUUUUUUAAAACAAAAUAACAAGUACUUGCACUAAAAUAGUGUAUUCAUAGUAAGAGAAUGAAUUAAAACAGUUUACUAAUCUUUGAUUCACUUAGCCUGUGUAAUUUUCCUUUUUAUUACAGUCUUCCAGGAAUAUUCCAGAAGUACAUACUAUUUUAACGUGGUCUGCUUGCAUGUAUACGUGUACAUACAAGUUUUGCAGGGAAAGAUGGGUCAGUUCCUUUACAGACACCCCUCAAAUUAUGACCACCUGGUCUUAUGCCCUUCGCCUUAAAUGCAUUUAUAUUUAAGAACCGUCUUGUGGUUUUAAGCCUUAAUAGCUGUUUCGGUUAUCAUGGAGCAGUGUGAGACUACAGCAACUGCUAAGGCGUGCAGAAGCCUUGUGGUUGGUCAGUUUUUCAUUUUACAGGUGUCACAUUAACAUCCAUCUUCCACUUGAUGAACAUAAAAGAACAGGCAAAAAGGUAAUUUUUAAGUCAUAUACAUUUAUGUAAAGUACAGUAUUUACAUGUUGGUAUUGUGCUUUGGCAUACUAUGUAAACUAAACUUCUGAGAACUAUUUCUACAACAGGGUCACUGGAACAGAACCCUACUGUUAAUGAAGGAAAGUUUUUAUUUGCAUUAAACACAGAAACUGAGUUAUGAACCGGUGUAGUGUUCACUGUCUUCAUAAAUAAUUUGUGGUCCAUAUCAGCCCUCUAUAGUGUUCAGUUAUUUUUCUGCACGAGUUUGUCUCAACAAAGGUUAAAACUUACAUUUAUGCAUUUAGCUGAUGUGUUUCUCCAAAGUGACUUACAAUAUUAAGG